AAGCCCACAAGACAAGACAGAGGCUUUCUCCUUAUCUAUGUCUUAAGUUUAACCGCCGCCUCCUCCUCUCUCUGGUCGGAGAAAUCUCCAGAUUUGGUAUUUCUCCAACCUUCUCGGAACCCUAAUUUAAACAACCUCUUACCUUCUUCAGAUUCAUCUUCUAUCUCACCUAAAGCUCAAACCUUUUUUCUCAAAAUCCUAAAACAUGGCGACAGAAGCCACAACUGCAUCCAAAUUCCCAGAAUCCGAUCUUCUUCCAAUCCCACAACCACCGGAUUUUCAUCCAGCAAUCGUCGUUCCAGCUCAAAACACCACUCUUCGAUUCUGGCAGCUCAUGGUCGCCGGUUCAAUCGCUGGCUCAGUCGAACACAUGGCUAUGUUUCCAGUAGAUACAGUCAAAACCCAUAUGCAAGCUCUCCGUUCAUGUCCGAUUAAACCAAUCGGAAUACGUCAAGCUUUCCGUUCAAUUAUCAAAACCGAUGGACCAUCGGCUUUAUACAGAGGUAUUUGGGCAAUGGGGCUUGGUGCUGGACCAGCUCACGCUGUUUAUUUCUCAUUCUAUGAAGUCUCUAAGAAGUUUUUAUCUGGUGGCAACCCGAAUAACUCGGCUGCACACGCGAUUUCGGGUGUUUUCGCUACUAUAUCGAGUGAUGCUGUGUUUACUCCAAUGGAUAUGGUUAAGCAGAGGUUGCAGAUUGGGAAUGGGACUUAUAAAGGAGUUUGGGAUUGUAUUAAGAGAGUAACGCGUGAGGAAGGUUUUGGUGCCUUUUACGCUUCGUAUAGAACUACGGUGUUGAUGAAUGCUCCGUUCACCGCUGUUCAUUUUACGACUUAUGAGGCGGUUAAGAGGGGGUUGAGGGAGAUGUUGCCUGAGCACGCUGGUGGAGAAGAGGAUGAGGAAGGUUGGUUGAUUUAUGCUACUGCUGGAGCUGCUGCUGGUGGGUUGGCUGCUGCUGUAACUACUCCGCUUGAUGUUGUUAAGACGCAAUUGCAAUGUCAGGGUGUGUGUGGCUGUGACCGUUUCAAGAGCAGUUCAAUAAGCGAUGUGUUCCGAACAAUUGUGAAGAAAGACGGCUAUAAGGGACUAGCCAGAGGUUGGCUACCAAGAAUGUUAUUCCAUGCUCCAGCAGCUGCCAUCUGCUGGUCCACUUAUGAAACAGUCAAAUCAUUCUUUCAAGAUCUGAAUGGCGAAUCAAACACAGCUUGAAAAAGACACAAACAUGUGUUCGGCUUAUUUGCUUGCCUGAUUCAGGUGAUUGAUUCUUCAUAGAGCUACUGGUUUGUUAGUGUUAACACUAGCUCUUAGAGAGAUCUCUGUUUGUAUAAUGAUUCGUUUUCACGUAAUAAUGUUGUCAGAUUAGAGUUACAACCACAAGGCCUUUUUCUGAUUUGCAUUGACAGAGAAAUUUUGUAGUUUUGUUUGUUUUUAUGAGAAAAUACUAUAAAGAGAUAGAUGAGCUUAAA